AUGGAACCACGAGCGCGCGCUGGCAAGCACAAAGCUGGCCUCAACUUUGGCGACGAACUGCGCAGUCUUCUUUAUGGUGCGGGUGCUCCUGCUCAUCCAGACCUUACUCAACCACUCGAGGGCGAGUACUCCAGACACUACUUGAACACGCUUCCAACCGAGAACAAGAACCAUCCUCCAACCCCUUUCGCUGUGAAGCGUGGUGAAGCCAAUCUCGCAGAGCCCUAUCCCGAAACCCUACGUGUGCUAGACGAAAUCGUAACAGACUACAUAAUAGAAAUGUCUCACAGCGCUCUCGAGGUUGCUACGUAUGCAGGGCGUGCAAAACUGAAGGUAGAUGAUUUCCUAUUCAGUUUGCGGAAAGAUCAGGCAAAGUUAGGACGUGUCUACGACUUCUUUGGACGAAAGAAAAAGGUCGACAAAGCGAAGAGGACGGCCGACCAAGGGAACCUCACAGAUUUGAGAAAUGUAACCUCGCAGCAAAUGCAGGACCUGGCAGACGUUGUUGGCGAAGAGGGCACAGGAAAAGGCAAAGGCAGAGGAAGAGGCAGAAAGAAGAAGAGAGGUAUCGAAGAAGUCAACGAUACGCCUGCAGACUAUAGUGAAGCUGCAAAUUUCGUGAAGCAGGUUGAGAGUGGCGGGGUUGACUUUGGGAAUGGUGGAGUAAUCGAACAGAUUAUAGAUGUGGAUGUUGAGCUGGAUGACUUGGAGGCUUUCGAGGACGAAGAUGACAACGACAAGCACAGAGACAAACGGACAAAGGGUGUGGCUGAUUGA